GUCAAUCAAAAACGAAAACUUCCGGUAUCACGUGAACUCGACUGCUGCAAAAUAAAUUUUGUCUUGUUAGGCUAGUUUCUUCUGUUCCUCCUGGUAGAGGACAGCGAUAUUUGUCUUUCAUUUGUACUUUCUUUGGUUGCAGAAACGAAGCUUUUCCUGGAGCAGGUUUCACAUCUAGAGAAUAGCUCCUGGACUCAAGAUGGCUCAGAUGUCAGAGUAUUGGCUCAUCUCUGCACCUGGAGAAAAAACGCCGCAGAAUACAUUUGAGAGAUUGAAUCAAGCUACCAGACCUGGCAAUGACAAACUGUCAGAGAAUUACAAAUUCAACAUUCCUGAUCUGAAGGUUGGCACACUUGAUGUCCUUGUGGCUCUGUCUGAUGACCUUGGUAAAAUUGACAUCUACACAGAGAGCAUCGUACGGAAAGUUGCCUCUACCCUAGAAGAUGUGCUGGAGUCCUCGGCCAAAGGCAACCUAACAGAGAACUUGAAAAUUGGAGGAGAAUUCACGCCUCAGGCUUAUAUGCAGAAGUUUUCCUGGGAAUUAGCAAAGUACCCUGUGAAACAGUCAUUACGUUCCAUCGCUGACAUCAUUUCCAAGGACGUGACCCACAUAGAGUCUGAGCUGAAGACCCGCUACAACGCUUACAACAACCUUAAGGGUAAUCUGCAGCAGCUGGCUCGCAAGACCACUGGCAGUUUGAUGACCCGUAAUGUUGGCGAUCUGGUGAAGAAAGAAGACUUUAUCCUGGACUCAGAGUAUCUGGUCACCUUGGUGGUCAUUGUACCCAAGACCAUCACUGAUGAGUGGCAGAAGAAGUAUGAGAAAUUGACAGACAAGGUGGUGCCACGAUCUUCAAGAUGUGUGUAUGAGGACAAUGAGCACCAGGUAAUGACUGUCACUUUGUUCCGCUUGGUACAAGACGAAUUCAAGAACAAGUGCCGAGAGAACAAAUUUAUCGUGCGAGACUUCCAGUACAGUGAUGAGGAAAUCCAGGCUGGGAAGAUGGAAUUGGACAAGCUGAACGCAGACAAAAAGAAGCAGUUUGGUCCUCUGGUGAAGUGGCUGAAGAUCAAUUUUGGUGAGAGUUUUGUGGCGUGGAUGCACAUCAAGGCAUUGAGAGUGUUUGUGGAGUCUGUACUGAGGUACGGACUGCCGGUCAACUUCCAGGGCAUGCUGGUGCGACCAGUGAAGAAAAACAGCAAACGUCUGCGAGACCUCCUUAACCAGCUGUACGGUCAUCUUGACAGCACUGCCCUGUCUGGCCAGAAGGUGAACAGCAUGGACAUCCCAGGCUUGAACCUCUCGGCCUCCGACUACUACCCUUACGUCUUCUACAAGAUUUCUCUCGAUUUUCUAGAACCAACGAGAUAAACAUUGUGCGCAUCUUCAUUAAUUUUAUAUAGUGCUGAUUUCCUCUGUGUUUUGCUUUACAGUGUUAUAGGCUGUUCAUUUUCUUUCUAAUACUUCAAUUUUACAAUGAUUUUUAACAUACGUGAGUGAAAUAUUAUUUUGGUCUUUGGGUGGUCUUAUUAUAAAGGGUUAAUUUUUGUUUUGCAGAAAACAAAGCUCCUAUAACUCCCAGUGGCUCACUAUCUGAGACAAAGGUGUUACCAUCAAUUUGUAUUUUUAAAAUAUAGAUUCUAUGAAUAGUAUUUAUCAUCUUGGCCUCAUUUAUUUGCUGUUAAUUAUCAGUAAAAAUUUACUCUCAAAAUUAUUUGUCUGUCGAUCAGAAGCAGGGUCUUCUUUUCACAUCAGUUAUUACUGGAUUAGUAUUGUUACAAGCCAACCGCAGUAACUUUAGUAUCAGAGUUGUCAUUUUCUCCCCUAUUUUGAAUUUGAAUAUAGCUAUUGAUAUGUAUUUUGAUUCAUUUGUUAAAAGAGUAAGCACAAAUACACUAGCUCUAAAGAGAGGGGGAGAAGUCAUCUGUGAUUCUGUGAUAAGAAUCUGUGCUACAAAUCUACUUACCCUGUGCCCUUCAGGCAUGUGUAUGUUAAUAAUCAAAUCAGGAGAAGACUUUUGGUAGUCUAGGUAGUCUCCUGUGAGUGUACAAUAAUAAUAGUUCGUCCAUGAAUGUCUGACGAUGACCAGAGGAGAAUAUUUCUUUAAGACAAAUAGAAGAAAUUAAGAUUAAGAUGAGUUGUGGCGUCUGCUAUGACCAAUUAAAUCUAUUCUGUUAGAGAAGAGUUUGCCACAUUUUGAGCGUUUAAAAGCUUCUUUUCCACUUGGGGAUGUGCACAACCUGUAGGCUUCUCUCUCGGCCUCAACCUUUCAUUUCUGUGAGUGUAUGUAGUUCUACGAUGGGUUCUGUAGCAACACCAUGAAAUCUCAUACUCUUUUCUAUUUUCUUUGCCUUUUUUUUAUAUUUCCCCCAUUUAUUCACACACUCCGGCUGGUAUAAGCUGUGAUUUGUCAAUAAUCUAUGGUCAGUUAAUCAGUUUUGUCAGUUUCUACCAUGGGUGUAGUUGUAUUUGGUUUGUUCUGACUAUGUGUCCUGUAAUAUUUUUUUUGUGUGGUAUAUCACAAUAUUGGAAGUCUGAGGACUUCUCUUGCAUAACCAGAAUGUUAAUAGUGUAAAGCAUUACUUAGAUCUCUGCCUCCCCCUUGGCAUUUGUCCCAGUUAUGUCUGCCUGUUGCACAAUAGAGGUGAAAGAGAGGGGCACAGCACAAUUUUGUCUUCUGUCAACUUUGUUAUAGGUUGUUUUGUUUUUUUAUGGUGUGUUUGUGUUGAUAAGACCAUUGCUAUGUUUUUGGGUUUUAUUUCUGGAAUUUGUAAAAGAGCUUGAUUCUGAGUGAACUCUAAUCAAACUUGAGUCAAUAGCUCUUUGAUGCUUUACAAUGAUUUUUGUGAUAACUUUUUCAAGUCGCAUUUUGUCGUACAAAUGAAUAUGUUUGGGUGUUUGCUCCCACUGUUGUGUGCGAGAGAUGUAUACAUUGUCGAUGUACUUCGGGAUGAAAUGUUUAAUAAAUUGGUGUGAGUGUGAAAGGGAUGCCAAUGGAUUAAAUCAGUGUUUGCCGGGAUACCUGUGUAGUUGUAGAAUUCCUGCACACAGGAAAAAAUUGGGUACCGUGAGAAAUGUAUUUCUCACAUCUACACAUAAUUGACAAUACUAUUAUGUCCAUGCAACUGUUGUACAAAGUUCCCUAGUCAGAAUUUGUAUGUGACUUGUAUAGCCUGUAUGUUAAGCACAAUAACCAGCAAGUGUAGCAAUAUUGUGCCUCGGUGUCAUACUAUCUCUGUAGAUCAGAUGUUUCUUCCUUCCAGCUGAGGUGUUUGUGUGUGGUGGUUCCGAGUUGUAUGUUUCUUUUGUUUGUUUUGUUUUUACUCUAUGCAUUCCUAUCACCGAUAAAUGAGUGCACUGCUCACCAAAGUUUGUACAAUGUGCUGUGUGGUUUAUUUCCAAAAGGUGUACUGAAUGACCUGAUUCAUUCAGGCAAUUUCUUAGAUUUUCUAUGUUUACUUUGAAAAAUAAUUCUAAUUUUCAAAAUUCUGUAAGUUUUUAAAAUUUCUUCUCAAGUGCUGUAAAAUGUGUUCUGAGACUGUUAAUAAUAAUGGAUUAUUAUUUGAGUAAGAUGAUAGUUUGCUGAAAUGCAGGAUGGAGGAGCAGUACUGUUGAAAUUCCUGGAGUUUUGUUUUUGCUGGUUUGGGGGUGCUCACUCUCCCUUUUGUUUUAGCUUUAAUAUCGUAUGGUACAGAAAACUUGCUGCGAAGCGCAAAAACGUUAAAACUUUCCCAUUCCUGAAGAGAUGAAUUCUGUUCUAAGAAUCUUUUCUUGAUUAAGAAUCUUUUCUUGAUUGUGUCAUCGACAUUUGUCUGUGGAUACUACUUGAUGGGCUUGCCGUUUCUGUAAUUGGGCAAAAACGACUUCUCUUGAGACCAUUGAAUUGACUUUUGUCAGAAAGCAGUUUAAGUUCAGGCUGUUGCUAUUGUUUUGUAUAGAGGUUCCAGUACUUCUCUACAGCUCGUGUGGGGCGUAUGUUUGAGCAUUGUAAUACAUGCUCAAUAUUGAUGUAAAAGAACAUAUUGUCUUGCCCUUGUCUGUAGCUACAUGGCUCAUUAGUACAAUACAGUACAGAUGAUACCUGUAUGUCAGUGUGUAUGUGCAGACGUGAAAAGUGAUUGUCAAAAAUUGAGGGGAAAGAUGCGCCUAUAAAUAACUUUUCAGCUGAUAAUUUCAUCAUGACAGAGUGAAAGCCUGAAGGUUUGUGUGGUUUUCAAUGUGCUGUGAGCUGGGCUGUGAUAUUGCCAUGAUCCUCUUCUCUCUCCAAUUGGUAAAUGUGCAGAGGAUAUCUAGGCCGGUGCGAGUUGAAAAAAGCUAUGAAAUGUGUAGACAGAACUUGUUUAUGGAACACAUGUGAAGCAUUCUUGUCAAGCUGUGUUUGCUUUCCAUUUGAGGGCCACACGACUAGAAACUGUCUCUAUUGUAACUUUGGUUGGGUUAGGUUUUGUUUUUGGCUAUGGAUUUUGUGCCGAAAGUUUAACUAUCUCCCUCCAAAACUCUGUGCAUUUGCUUGUUGCAGUUAUAGUGGCACAAGACAUUUCGUUGGAAAAUGACUGACGAUGGUUAAAGCAAUACAGAGAUAUUUUGAAAAGGGCUUUGGUUUUGACUCUGCAAGAUUUGACUGUGAUUUAAGACUUCCCAGCUCACUAGCUGUUCAUCUGAACAUUUGGGUGUAUGUCUUUUGACAUGUCUCAGAAUGUUUGUCAUCGUAUAUUAAAGUUAUGAACAAGUAUAGCAGAACCUUUGCUGUCUCUCUGAUAGUGUGACUGUUGGCAUGAGGAAAGUAUGUAUCAAAAUGCCAUCUGUGUUUAUAUGUUAUGUAGCAAUAAAGUACUACCACGUCUAGA